CCAUACCUUGGCGCCUCUCCGCACCUACGCGCCCGCCCAGCUCAUCAGAGUCAGCCUCCGCUUUACCUCCUCGCACGUCCGCCGCUUCGCUUCGAGUCGACGCGGCCUCCCUCCGAAUCCCCCAAGAGAGUCCGGACGAACUCGAGGAGAAGCCAGCGACACCACCGGCGACGACGAGCAUCACCGGCCAGGCAAAGAUUGAUUCGGACGAGCGCCUCGAGGAGCAGCCCAUGAUGCACGGGCACGCGCACGGCCGCGUGCACCCGGCGGCGUCGAGCUCCGACUUCUCCGGCGAGAUGAACCAGUCCGUGUCCGCCCACUCCUCCGACCCCUCCCCCAGCCCGCUCCACAGCUUCCACUUCGAGAAGCCCGUCCCGCCGCCCCCGCCGCCGCAGCCCGGCACGUACGUCGUGCAGGUGCCCAAGGACAAGGUCUUCCGCGUCCCGCCGCCCGAGAACGCGCGCCUCUUCGAGCACUACACCCGCCGCGCCAAGCGCCGCAGCCGCUGCUCCUGCUUCCGCGUCUGCACGUGCCUGCUCGCUGCGCUCCUCGCGCUCGCCGUCCUCCUCGCCGCCCUCGGUGGCGUCAUGUACCUGGUCUUCAAGCCCAAGCGACCGGCGUACUCCGUCCAAGCGCUCGCCGUGUCCGGCCUCGGCGGCAUCGGCAACGCCUCCACGCCGGGCGCGUUCUCGCCGGCGUUCGACGCGACCGUCCGCGCCGACAACCCGAACGGCAAGAUCGGUGUGCAUUACGAGGGCGAAAAGAGCCACGUCUCUGUCUCGUACGACGGCGUGACCCUGGCCGACGGCGCGUGGCCGUCGUUCUACCAGGUGCCCCGGAACGUGACGGUGUUCGUGGCGAAGGCGAAGGGGUCCGGGAUACGGUUCUCGCAGAGCGUGCGCGGGCAGAUGGCCGCGGCGGAGCGGCUCCGGUCGGUGCCGUUCGACUUGGCCGUCGAGGUGCCCGUGCGGCUGCAGCUCGGCAAGUUGAAGACUUGGGCCGUUCCGGUGAGGGUGCGGUGCACUGUGGCGGUCGACAGGCUCGCCGCCGACGCGAAGGUGGUGUCCAGGUCGUGCGACGUCAAGGUGUGGCUCCUGUCCUGGAGGAACUGAGCAAAUAACAAGCGGUUGGACGAUUAGAAGAGCAUUUCUUCAGACCAAUGGAUCCUUGCUUAUUCCCGGAUACAUUUUUCUCUCCUCAUUUGUAAGUUGGUUUGAUCGAGAUCAUAAUAUCAUAUUAUGCAUGCUGCGAAAUUGUCCCAGGGUUUUAUGUGUCGAUGACUGGCAACUAUGUUCUUCUGCAAAAAAAUGAAGACACCGUUGUUGGUACUUGGUACUUGUUGUGUUGAACAAUGCUGUUGAAAAACAGAUAGUGAACAGAUCUUGAAACUGAGUUCAGGUCUGUGAA